AUGGAGCCAGACUUCCUGUUGUGGCGCGAGGAGGACAGGGGGGCGUGUCCUCACAUGAGAGUUUACUACUGUGACCGGCACAGUCAUAAUCAGAGGAAAACCACUUUUAUUCAUCCUGGAAACACGUCAGAGAAUUCUUCAUUCAUCGUACAGCUACCCGAGUCCAGAGUGAUGUCAUCAGUGUGCGACACAUCCACCAACAACAAUAAUAAGGUCCAGUCGAAGCGUCAUUCGUUUGGAAAGCGCCACCUGUCUGUGAGGAGGAACCUGAGCAUCAGAGUGGAGCAGAGAGGAUGGCUCCACAAACAGGACAGCAGUGCACUGCGGAUGUGGAAGAGGAAGUGGUUCGUUUUGUCUGAUUUCUGCCUGUUCUACUACAGAGAUAGUCGGGAGCUCUCUGUCCUCGGCUCGAUACCUCUGCUCAGUUAUGAAGUUUGUCCAGUGGAAAAACACGACCACAUCAACCGCAAGAACGCCUUCAAGGCAGAGCACGCAGGGAUGAGGACGUACUUUUUCAGCGCUGAGACACAGGAGGAUAUGAACUCUUGGAUCAAAGUCAUGAACCAGUCUUCCCUGGUCCAGAGUCGAGACCAGGGCCAAGUCCAGACCCAAGUCCAGAAUCCAGACCAGGACCGAAUCCAGAUCCAAGUCCAGACCCGUGCCCAGAGUCUAGAGCAGGACCGAGUCCAGACCCAACUCCAGAGUCCAGACCAGGACAGAGUCCAGACCCAAGUCCAGACCCGAGUCGAAAAUACUGUUCUCAAAGGCCAGAACGGGAUCCACUGUGGAACCAACACCUCAACUGACAGUCACAGUCUGUAUGACCUCAGUCUGCUCAGAUCUUCAGAGGAGCAGGUCUCUUUGGGUCCUGAGCUGAACAUAACCACACAACAGGCCACGCCCCCAGAAGAGACAGGCUCCACCUAUUCACAGAACAGGUUCAGUCCGAUCCUGGAGCCAAACGGCAUUGCGGCAGGAACUUACCAGAUAACUCCGCCCCCAAGCACGCCUCUAGGAAGUCUGCACAAACAGGCCACACCCAUUGGGAGGCAAGCCACACCUACAGGGAAACAGGCCACACCCACCAGGAGACAGUCCACGCCCACCAGGAAACAGGCACUGCCCACCGGGAGGCAGGCCACGCCUACCGGGACACAGGCCACGCCCCCGAACAACAGCCUGAGCCGGAGCAGUGUCAGAGAGACCGUCCAGAGCUGGGUCCAAGUGCAGAGAGACGAGACUAGAGGAAGGACUCCUACUGCUCAGUUCAGCCACAUCGAACCUCCACAGCUGAACGCUCCCUCAGAGUACCGGUACUCUCAGCACCGUCUCUCUCACCUCGGUUUGACGGACGGCGAGACAUUGGACCCACUGUGGCGUCUGUGUGAGUGGCAGCAGCGACAUCGUUAUCGCCAUGGCAACCCCACUGCGCCGCUCUACAGCCCCGUCCCUUUGCAUCCCUACGGGCCCCGUCCCCUUGCCACAACAGACCAAUCACGAGCUCCAACGCCGCGCUGCAUUGAGGUCCCGCCCACCGCCGCCGAAGUCCUGCCUUCUCUGAUGUCCCAACCAAUCAGCCGCAGGCCUCACAUCCCAGCAGAGAGACGGACAGUCAGGCCGACCAAUCACAGAGGAGCACCGGGCAGGGCGGCACCACGCAGGAGCCAAUCACAGUUCUUCAAGACGUUAACACUCGAUCGUCGUUCUGCUCCAGUCUCUUCGUACAUGAAACACACUGUGUCUGCUCCGAGUCUGAGCGGGAGGAACGUGGAUGAUUCGUAUCUGCAGUUGAAGAACGACCUGGAGUAUUUGGACCUGAAGAUCCGCUCUCUAGAUUCUCUGGUCUCUGCAGUUCACACUCUGUUACUGCACUGCACUGCUGGGCGCCCCCAGGCCUCCAUGGGCCCCCAGCCUUCCAGGGGCCCCCAAGCCUCCAUGGGCCCCCAGCCCUACAGGGGGCCACAGCCCUCCAGGGGGCCACAGCCAAGGGCACAAUUGGUAGGAGGCAAAGUGCAGUUGGAGCCAAGGACGGCACUUAGAGUGGCGGAGAGCGACAUCGAUGUUAAGUUGAGUCGUUUGUGUGAAAAAGAUAAAGCUGUGAAGGACCUGGAUGCAAAGAUCAGCGCUCUGCAGCUUGAGAAGGAGGAGUUGGAGGCUACACUAGCGUUGUGCCACCAGCAGAUGGAGCUGUCACUUCACACAGGAUCUCCUCACAUCGCAGUCCAUCAGAAAAUCCUUCAAGAAGAACUGGUCCAAGUCCGGGCCCAGAUCUCCAGAGGAUCCACGGACUGGUCUAAGACUCUGCAGGAGUUUGUUCUUCUGCAGAACUCUGUGGAAGAUCUGAGACGUGAUCUUCAGGACAAGAUGGAUAAGUGCAGCACAGAGUCGGAGCGUGUCGAGCUGCAGAAGGAGCUGUGGAGACUUGAGGACGUACUGGCUGGACUCAGACCAGAGCAGAGACCAGAGACCUCAGGGAGGAAGUCAGUGCCUAUAGCGUUUUCAACCGACUUCCAGACCAGCAGGUGCGAGGCUUCACCCAACAUGCCCCCUCCACGCCCCCCUCUUCCUUCUGGUUUCUGUGACAACGACGCCGUGCCUGAAGUCCCGCCCCUUCCCCGAGAAUCUGCGGUGAUUCGCCACACCUCAGUGAGAGGACUGAAGCGCCAAUCAGACGAGAGGAGGCGGGACAAAGAGGACUGGAUGGAUCUCCGAUCCUUUCUCAGUGAACCUGACCUGGUGCCACUGGAGACGGACCUCACUUCAGGUCUGGGAGGAUCGCCGUCGGCCUUCGUGACACUGAGACAAGGAGAGCACAAGGAGCGUCCAAAAAGCGCCAUCGGAAACCCUGCCUCCUCUACAGACACGCCUAGCUCCGUCCAAUCCCACGGCGAGUUUUCCAGACCUUACAAAAUCCAGGUCCCUCAGACUCUGGUCCCAGAUCCAGACCAAGUCCUGAGUCCAGAAGAUGAAGAUGAACGCCGCCAGAGAGCAGACCGGAUCCGGAGCCUUCUCUGCAAAGCCAGGUCUCUGGACACUCAGCUAGAUGCCUCUGAACUGGACUUGGUUUUACUUCAGCAGCAGAAAAUCAUGAGACAAGUGUCAGAGCGAUGCCGACAGCAGAAGAGCUGCGACUGA